GAAUUGGCAAAUAAAUUUGGUAGUAUUGGGUGGUCAACUGUUGCAGAAAUUCUUUCACAAACAUCAUAUUGGCUUGAAUUAAAUGAAGAAAGUGCUAUAGCACAACAAAAACGUAACCGACCACCUGAUUAUCCACAAUUAGAACAAGCUCUUGCUCGUUGGUUUGAUCUUGCACUAGAAGAUAAUAUAACAAUAACUGGUUUAAUUUUGCAAGAAAAAGCCAAACAAAUUGCAGUAGCUUUGGAAAUUGAAAAAUUUAAUGCAUCUGAUGGCUGGUUACAAG